GUAGGUCGUUAGCCCUGAACCCGGUGCAGAGACCCGAGAUGUUCAUCAUUGGUGCUCAGCCUGUGUGCAGCCAGCUUCCCGGGCUUUCCCCGGGCCAGAGGAAGCUGUGUCAGUUGUAUCAGGAGCACAUGUCCUACAUCGGGGAGGGAGCCAAGACGGGCAUCCGGGAGUGCCAGCACCAAUUCCGACAGAGGCGCUGGAACUGCAGCACUGUGGACGACGCCUCUGUCUUCGGCAGAGUCAUGCAGAUAGGUAGCCGGGAGACCGCCUUCACCUAUGCAGUGAGUGCUGCUGGCGUGGUGAACGCCAUCAGCCGCGCCUGCCGAGAGGGUGAGCUGUCCACCUGUGGCUGCAGCCGGACCGCCAGGCCCAAGGACCUGCCACGAGACUGGCUCUGGGGUGGCUGUGGGGACAAUGUGGAGUACGGCUACCGCUUUGCCAAGGAGUUUGUGGACGCCCGAGAGCGUGAGAAGAACUUCGCCAAGGGAUCAGAGGAGCAAGGCCGAGCCCUCAUGAACCUGCAGAACAACGAGGCUGGCCGCCGGGCUGUGUAUAAGAUGGCUGAUGUCGCCUGCAAGUGUCACGGAGUCUCCGGGUCCUGCAGCCUCAAGACCUGCUGGCUUCAGCUGGCUGAGUUCCGCAAGGUGGGGGACCGAUUGAAGGAGAAGUAUGACAGCGCCGCGGCCAUGCGCAUCACCCGCCAGGGCAAGCUGGAGCUGGCCAACAGCCGCUUCAACCAGCCCACCCCGGAGGACCUGGUCUACGUGGACCCCAGCCCUGACUACUGCCUGCGCAACGAGACCACGGGCUCCCUGGGCACCCAGGGCCGCCUCUGCAACAAGACCUCGGAGGGCAUGGAUGGCUGCGAGCUCAUGUGCUGCGGCCGCGGCUAUGACCGCUUCAAGAGCGUCCAGGUGGAGCGCUGCCACUGCAGGUUCCACUGGUGCUGCUUCGUCAGGUGCAAAAAAUGCACUGAGGUUGUGGACCAGUACGUCUGUAAGUGACGGCGCCCACGCCUCCCGCCCACUCCCCUCUGCCUCACAGAAGUCUAUGUUAUAUAAAUCUAUCUAAAUAUAUUUUAUAUUUGUACAAACGACUGGAUGGAUGAUGCAUACGCAAGAGAGGAAAAUGGAGAGGAGGAACUUAAGAGACGCUGGCCCUCUGUGAGGACUGGGCUUUGCUGCUCAUCUCUAGCUGGUGGGAGCGAAAUGGGCUUUUCCCUGCUUUCUGGCCAGAACUCUCAGGACACAGGGGCUUGAGAGUGUCUUUGCGCCAUAGCCUCUAGGGAAGAGGCGGUGAUUAGAUGAAGGAGCUGGGCUUGUUUCAGAUCUGCAGUCCUUUGGGGAAGAUGAGUAUCUCUGACCCUGGCCAGGAGACCCAGGGGGCCCUGUGGAAGGUGGAGGCCUGACAUCCCCGAUGGUGGCCCAGGUCUGCCCCAGCGUAGAGACAGCUUUAGCAAGGGUCCCAGUCCUUGCUUCUUUUCUCAUCUGAGUCCACACAGUUGCAGGAAAGGAAGGCUCCUUCCCCGUACUAGGGAGAGGUCUCAAGUCACUCUGGCUGGUGACUGUAAGGGACCUGUGCCUCCCUGGACUCUGGAUCUGUGUUCUGAUGAGAAUGUCACCAGCUCCUGCCACAAGCUCCUAGGCCAAGAGAAAGAUGGUCACUUAUCCAGCCACACCAAGGAAGACGUGAAGCAAACCUGGGUUUGGACUGGGGAUGAAGCGCUUGUACUGCCUUCUUGCACGGGGCAGGAAGCUGUUGUUGCUGCUGCUGUUGCUUCCUCUGUCAGGGAGGCCUCACGAACAAAAGGGCAUGCUGGCAGGUCAGCUCUUCUGCCUUGUGUGUUCCUCAUCUCUGCCCAGAUGUACAGUGUUCCUCUGACAUUAAAUAUCUUUUACUGAG